CCCCUGAAACGACCAUCCGAAUACGACGAGCCUCCUUGUACAUUUCUCUCGUGCAAGCUUCGUGUGUUCCCGUCAUAUAUUCCUGUACCUGUUCCUCUUUUUCUCCUUCCUUCAUUUAUCUCGGAUUUCGUCGCAACAUUCUCUCAAGUCGUUCGGGAGAACGCUAUCUCGCCGAAUGACCGAGACUUGGUCGAGAAACAGAAGAGGAGUGAAAAUUCUUUCUUUUCGUUCUCUUCAAAGUAAUCAAAAUAUACGAAGGCGACUCGAGGAAAAAGAGGCAACGAUUCGAUCGACUUAUCGAACGGUAGGACAUCGAGAGUUGAUUUUUUUGAUAGUUUGGCGCGCGCGUAGAUGAUUCGCGGUCGCGUGAAAGGGGGAAAAAUAUUUAUAUCGAUAUCUUACCCGUAAGAAGAAUAAGGAGAAAGAAGAGUUGUACGUCAAUAUUUGUGUAUGGACCGAAACCGACGAUCCCUAGCAAGAUUCGCGAAACUUGAAGCGAGCGGAUAUCACAGAGAUAAGUGACGGGGGAAAAGAAGGAUCCCGAGUUUGAGUCGACGGAUCGAUUCGACGCAAUCUUCGGUAAUCAUUAUCGGGAAGUAGAUUCGCGCCAAAAGGAAAACGAAUACAAAGGAAAGGAAGCGGAAACAGUGGCGAAGAAGGGAGCAAAAGGAGGAGGAGGAGGAGCGAGGUAAAUACGUCGCGAGGAGAGAAAAGGCUGUCUUCCGCGGGAUUUCGGUGCAUGAGGGAAAAGGGGUUACCCGAGCGGAGGAGAAAGAGUGGAGCCGACGUGGAGAGACGACAACGAGGUGGUGGAGAGAGAAAAGGAGAAAGAGAGAGAGGGGAGAAAGAGGACCAUAGAGAGGGAGGAGAGGGAAGAAAAAAAGGAGUCAUCGUAGUAACACCGGCGCGUCUCCUCUCGCGGCUUCAUGGUUGUCUCGGAAUUAGUGAGUAGACAGAAUUAUGUCUGUAAGCUGGCCAGUACCACGGCUCAGUUGAGACUUACUGCUCAGAGCGUGCACACGCAUACUAUACGAAUCCUACUUACGCACCUCGCGCCUUCCUCGUGCGAUUAGAACUUAGUCCGCGAUCACCGGCAGACCAAUCACGGUCCAGUUCGCUAACGCGCCUCCGUACGAAACGAUUUCCUCUUCUACCUCUUCUUCUUCUUCUUCUUCUUCUUCUUCUUCUUCUUCUUCACGUGCCGUUGGACGUGUCGCGGAGAAGCCCCGCGACUAGGUGACGAGCUGGUUACGGAGUCAGUCUGCACGCGACCGUGACGUCCCGGGAUCCCGAGGAAAUUUCGACAAAGUUCGGAGAAGCGGAGGAAAGACACCCUUUUAAGAACUGCGACGAGUCUCCUUGUCGGCUUGCUUCGUGAUUCCGCGAGGUGAGCGAAAUUGAAAUCGGAGACAGAGACUAAUAAUGCGCGCGACACCGCAUCACCUGUCAAUGGAGCUUCCAAGAUUUAACUGCGAGGAGAUUAACGAAUAAUUUUCUUGAAAAACUUUUUCUUCCAAAAAUUCGCGGAGGUUACCUAUAGACUUUCUCGAGCAUCCUGCGCGAAAUUUUCGGGAUUCGAUAUUCUCUCUGUGAAUUAUUGUCGUUCGAAUUGAAAAUUAUUUCUGGAAACGAAUCGAGUAUUCCGAAUUGUUUUCUCUUUUGCAAUAUUAUUUACAGUAAUUUUCGAAAAUACGAACCAUCUAUCAUUGUAAUCGAAUAGUUCGAGUGCAGCGCGACUGCGUCAAGUUUUUUGAACAAUUUUUCAUCAUUUGCGACAAUGGGCAUUAAAAUCUUCGUCCUCGUUUUAUUGGUAUCCGUGGCGACCAAUACGUGGUCCCAUCGUCAUUCCCAGUACCGUCAUCAUGGAUUUUAUCCGGUGCACAGAAAGGAAAACAGUCAAGUAGAUUUUGUCGAGAGAAAAUCCAAUUUUAAGAGUGAGGAAACCACGGAUACUUUGUUGUCCGAAUCGUUGAAGAAAAGUGCAAGACACGUAGAGGCCUUAGAUAGAAAAGGAUCGAUCCCCUUCAGUACGCGAAGAGUAGAAAAGAUGCUGGAAAAGGCGAUCCUGCAGAUAAUCACGGGUGAUCUCAGCACGGCCAAUAUGCUGCUGUUGAAGAGUCUCAAUUACACUCCCGAAGAAGUGAUGGCGAUUCGCGAGCGUGAAUUCGAUAAACGAAAGGAUGAAGAAUCGAAGAAGAUAACAGAGUCCAGCGGGAGAAGGUCUUACGACGAGAAUCUCUAUGGAAACCGAGCGAAGCACUGGAACUACAAUUCCAUGGACUCGUCUUCGCGUUAUGAUCCCGAUGUCGACGUGUCCAGAAAGAGAAAUCGGUACGAGGAGAGAGACGAGAAAAAUUUGGAUUUCGACGCUUACAACCGCCAGGCGGUGGUCGAUUACGAGAACUUGGCCUCCAAGCUCGAGCUGCAGCAGCAAUCGUGGUCCGAACCCGCGAAUUUCGAUUACGAGGAGGAGUCGAAAGGUACCGAGGAGCAGGACUCGUCGCAGAAUCUUCAUCGAAGCUUCGACCGUGCCAUGGAGCCCCACGUGAUUUUCAAGAUUCCUUACGACGAUUCCGAGUUUGAUUCCAACUCUGGCUCCGACGAGAGAUCGAGAUUCGUAGACGGGGACGAGACCCUCGUUUCGUCCAAGGAUCCGAAGCACCGCGCUCCUUCGACCUUGAGGCACACGACUGCCAGGAACGUUGCUAAUUCCUUUCACGCUUCGUCAUUAUCUACCGUUUCUUCUUCGUCUGCUCCUUCCGCGGCUACUGGACACACUCCACUUCCCAUAGUACACCAGCUAGGAAAUUUUAAAGACGUCAGGCCAAAUUAUACCAGGAAUCAAUCAAGCUUCGACACGACGGAAUCUCCCAAGUCUACCAUCCCGAGCGAUACCGCUGCAAAUAUCAUGUUUAACGUGACCUCAACCGACAUCCCGAUGAUGGAUUUUAACGUUUCGUUCAUCGAGAACGCGGACAACGAUACGGAUAGAAAAAUCAACGAGUACGAGGGGCUGGAAUGGAUCGGAGAGGAUAUCUACAGAGUGAUACCGGCUUACGCGGACUCGUUGGGCUAUAACUUUGACGACAACGAGACAUUGGAUUAUGAUGAGCGAAUGAUGAAUAUCUUACCGGAGGAAAACGAGAACGACACUCUGGAGUACCAGAAUGACGCCCUGGAGCAGACGAAGCAUUUCAUGGCCAACGUCAACGCGUCGUUCAUCGAGAGCGAAUCGUCUGCCUAUAACCGACGGGUUCGUCAAGAAGAAAACGUAACUUCAAACUUCGACAGUCAGAUUCAAAAGACGUUGAAUAAUAUCAAGGAUAUAGUCCUUGGGAUAACUGGAAGAUUGAACAACACCAACACCAAACGGAUUCAGCGCGAGAAGCUCACCAUGUUUUCGCCUACCUGCCAGAUACCUCGAAACACGGACGCCGAUGCUUGGACAGAUCCGUUUUCGAUGAACAUACAUUUCCAAUUGAACCUGACUUCCAGUGAUCACGUUCUCGCGGCGAAAUUGCGAAUUUAUAAGUUACCGCAGGAAAAUCUCACGACUUUCGCGAGUGGGAAUUUCGACGAGGUCGAGGAUGAUGAGAAGAAAAUCAGGAUAACCGUUUACUACUACACAAAGUCGCUCAAGAGGCAUCGAUCGAAGAAACGAUUGAUGGACUCCAUCAUGACACCCCUGACGACCUCCGGCAAACAGCUGGUGCUGGACGUCAGGCAAGGCGUCAGAUUCUGGCAACUGAUUCCGCGAAAUUCUCCACACGGCAACGUUAACAAUCACGGUUUGGCGAUUCAGAUAGACGAUCAAGACGGCCGGGCGCUGAAACCGGCUCUGUUCAUCCAGCAACCAUCCUGCGCGGACCACGAUUCGAAUCAGAAGGCAUUCCAGUUCAAACCUGCACUUUUCAUCCGAGCUUGUCCUCGUUACGGUCACAUCGUAAACGGCAAGAAAGACAUAUACGUUAACUGUAAGCAUUAUACAGAAUUUGGGAUCACGAAAUGAGAAGUUUUGCUUCGAAACGUCAACUUAAAUUACAUUGUGAUUAUCAUUGUCUCGAAGUACUUGCACAGGCAGACAAAGACACAUUGUAAUCUUUUUGUAUAAAUUCAAAAGUCCCGCGCGUAUAAAAAAAUGUCCUAAAAAUAUAAAAAUACGUU